AUGCCAAGUUGCUGCACCAAUGGCUCUGGUCGUCGUGCCUUCCAGCCGAAUUCGCAAAACGAACCGCCAGGUUUCCCCUUCCAGGCAUCAUCACCAGUUCCGGGAUCCCAGAGACAUCAUUUGAACCAUCUGUUACAUGGAGCAGUCCCAAACAGCACUAUGUUCUGCACAAGCUUGCACCCGACUUCUUCUUCAACCGACCCGGGGAUGGAUCCACGGCUUGGAAUCGUUCCACCACCUCCUCCUCAUCAUCAUGAUCAUCAACAUCAUCACCAUACCAGCGCUGGGAAAUCUCCAUUCAUUCUUGAAGACCAAGGCAUGGAGAGCUUGGAAGACUUGACAGACUUCCUUGACAUUGCAGAGGAAGACCCUAGUCACAACAGCAGCUUUCGUCAAUUGCAUCCGGGUAAAGAUACUAUCAUGACACUGAAGGAGACGAUGGGAUAUCUGUCCAAAGAGCUUGAUAUCCCUCUCGACGAUGAUGAUCAUGAAAGUCGAGCUGUUGAGGUUAUUAAUGAAGCGCCGCCUCGAGAUCCAAGGGGACCUGUUGCUGAAUUAUACUGUAAAAAGUACAGGAAUGCAGAUGGUUACUUGCCUGCAACUAGCUAUCAAUAUCCAGAGGCUGCAAGUUGUCAUAAGCAGCGAAUCAGGUGGACGACGGAGCUCCAUGACCUUUUCCUUGGAGCAGUGAGAACCCUCGGAGGCCCUGAAGUUGCGACUCCAAAACGCAUACUGUCACUUAUGGAUGUCAAGGGCUUAAACAUCUACCAUGUCAAGAGUCAUUUACAGAAGUAUCGGCUCCAGACACAAGCAAUAACAACGCGACUUACUUUCAUGUACCGAUGUGCUUCGAUUUGUCACUGUCCAGAGAAAAAUAUGGCUAGCCCUUUGGAAAAGAAAACAGCUUCCUCCAACACUGAUGGAAAUAUGAAUAGAGACAUGGUUGUCACAACAGCUCUACAGAUGCAGAUCGAUGUACAGAAACUGCUGUACGACCAACUGAAGUCACAAAAGCUCCUUCAGUUGCGCAUAGAGGAGAACGCGGAAUUCCUGAAGAAGUUACUGGAAGAACAGCAGAAGUCGAAUCCCAGCAUCGAUUCUCCUUCCUCGUCACAAGUCGAACCGGCAAGGUCUGCCCCAUUUGCUGAUGAAUCCUCCCCUGCAAAGGCAACAUAUGUAAGAAGUCAGAGUUCAUCUAAAAUAUCAAGUGAUCAGGCAACUGAUCACACUGCCAGAACUGAACAUUCUGAAUGUCAUAAGCGGCCUCGAGGAGAGAGGGAAUGAUUAUAUCAGGGUGGGUAGACCGUAGAUGAGUGAUUUUGGUUACUAAAUACCACCUUUUUUUGUGUAAAUUGUGUGCAGAAAUUGCAGUCUUACCGUUCAAUUUUUCGUUGAAUUGUUUGAUUUUUGAAAUAACUGCUACUUGUGAAAGACUUGCAGAAGUUGGGUAAUGUAUGGAUUACGAUUCGAUUUGAUGUAAGUCUGAUCAUGUUGGGGAGUUGGUGAAUCAAUAUCAUGAGGGGAACUGAUCACAUUCAGCUGUGUGUUUUUGUAAAGUAUGAGAGGAGCUUCUUAGGUUCUAGCUGUUACAUACUAACAAAAUGUAGAGAGAAGAGAAAAUUGAGUUUAGCAGAAAUGUAAUGAAAUUUA